AUGCCUAUCAACAGGUCGAACAUGCGACGGAUACGGAAUCUGGGGCGGAGGUCCCAGCCCAGGCCCAAUUUCGCCCUUGGCGCUGCCCUAGAGACAACCCUCGUCCUGUCUCUAAACGCAAACGAGAAGCUCUACUUUGACUGGUUCAAGUGUCGCACUUCUACCAAGAUCUCUGCCACCUUCUCUUCUGGCUUCUGGAACACCCUCGUCUUCCAGGCUGGCUCUAGAGAACCCGCCGUGCUCCAUGCCCUGCUCGCGCUCAGCUCGGCGCACAAGAAGGGUGUUGUGACGUUGGACAUACAUAGAAAUUCGCCCGCCUCGCAGAUGAGCCAGCAGGAGCAGUUUACGCUGCAGCAGUACGUCAAGGCCAUUGCACAUCUGCAGCCACACUUCAAUGCCAAAGACAAGGAAUCGUGUCGUGUGGCGCUCAUCACUUGUGUUGUCUUUGUCUGCUUGGAGUUCUUCCGGGGCCACUUCGCUACGGCGCAACUUCACCUGAAGAAUGGGCUUGACAUUCUUUGGCAGAUGCAGGGUCUUCCCGAAGCUAACUCGGGCAUCUUGGCACUGAAACCCUGUCACGAGUCGACUGAUGCUUGGAUAGUGGAGGCCCUGUCCAGGCUCCAUAUCCAGGUUGAGCUCUUCAGACUAUUGUACCACCAUUCAUGUGUUAUUUUACAGCCAGCUCACAGCCCCGAGAGGAGUUUUCUUGAAUCUUUCUCUAAUCUCAACGAUGCUUGGAAAGGGUUAGAGCUUGUUUACAACCAGAUAUUCCAUCUCACUCACCGAGCUCGUCAACAGACAAUAGCAGCAACAGAGCAUACAGCCCAGCAACUCGUCAAGACAAGGCUCGCACAAUGGCAUGGCAUGUUUCAAGAUUUCAUGAAAGCGCGGCCUGGUGGCUCAAACAUAUACUUGCAAAAGGCAUACCAGAUUCUGAGGAUACACUACGCCAUGACGAAAGUUAUGGCUGAGACUUGCAUAUACAACAACGAGACCAUAUACGACAGCUGUACCGACAAGUUCAUCCUACUCAUCAAAGAACUGACAAAGUUAUGGGAGCUGUCGCUUCAUUAUGACCUGGAGGACGAGAUGCCGCUGUACAUCAUGACGACUUGCAUGCCCAGGUCCAUCAUCGACAUGGGCUGGAUACCGCCACUUUACUUCACAGCAGUCAAGUGUCGCGUCCAUCGCAUCCGGGCUGAAGCAAUUAAGCUUCUCAGGACAAGUCCUCACAGGGAAGGCAUUUGGGAUGCGCAUAUCGCAGCAUGUGUCGCUAAAAAGGUGGUCGAGUUGGAAGAAGGGGACUUUUACGGCAGUGCUGACCUGGGGGAUAACUUUCAGCUGAACACCCCAAUGCGUGAUCUGGAUUAUCAGGUACCAUUAUUACCAGAGUCGCACAGAAUGAGUGAAGUUGAGGCUGAGCUCUCAGGUGCUCCCAUGGACAAGAUCUUGCUUUACUGUAAGCGGGAGCAAGAGGGAGUCAACAGAAGGAUUCUCAUUUCGGAGUACAACGUGAGCGAACAAGCCUGGAACGACGUAUGA